AUGGCAAUGACCACUCCCAUGGCCCCGCCGAAGCAACAUCGGGCCCGCACGGGGUGUCUGACUUGCCGCGAUAGACACAUCAAGUGCGACGAGGCCGUACCCCGGUGUCGAAACUGCUCCAAGUCGGAUCGAACGUGCGAGAGGGGAAUCCGUCUAAACUUUAUCGACAUCCAGACAAGCGCCUCGCAGCCGCUCACAAGCCUGGCUCCGGGCACGCAGAUCGUAUUCCAGGACGAGUCGCGCAACAUUGCAUCGGGGUACAGCGUGGGCGCAGAGAAUGGCAAGCCAGGUUUGUCGGCGCCCGUUAGCCCUAACGUGCCUGGGCGCUCAGACUCUGCGGAACACCUGUCCAAGUCCCUAGUGCCCUCGUCGCGACUCAUCACCGCCAUGGAUGAAGGGCUCCUGAUGGAAGUCUUUGUGGAAAAGAUCGGUCCUUGGAUGGACUGUCUGGACGCGGGUAAACCUUUCACCACCAUCCUGCCAUUUUACGCUCUGGACGAGCCCAUGCUUUUCGAUGCCAUCAUGGCAUGUGGCGGUAAAUACCUACUGUUUCCAGACGCGUCGCUCUAUUACGAGAAGGCAUUGAAAGCUCUCCUACCUCAAUUAAAUACCAACAAGCUUGACCACACCGUCUGCAUUGUAACGGCAAUUCUGUUAGAUGCAUACAACAUCAUGGGCGAUAACAUAGAGCAAGCACGUAUUGCCAAAACCUCGGCCCUGCUGUGGAAAGCAAACUUCGACUGUAGUAACGCAGGACUCGCCGGUGCUUGCUUUUGGUCUAACGCAACAAUGUGCUUGAUGAGCUGUCUUUAUCAAAACAUGCCUUUUCCAUGGGACCCGGAAAUUCUGGGAGUGAAUAUCGACUCUAUCCCUCCAUCUGCUGGAGCUUUCUCAGGGGACGAAGAGAAAUGGACGCAUCGAAUAAUCUAUAUUUGCGCCAAGAUUGCCGUUCUUCGCGGUGGUUUAUUGCAUGGCGUCCAGAGCAGCCCCCGGGAGCCAUUUUGUGAAGAGUGGGAAAAGUAUAAGAACUGGUGUGAUGACUGGGCCCAUAACGUGCCACGGUCCAUGAUGCCGCUUUGUUAUAUUCCUUCGCAGGAGGUCGGCCAAAGCACGUCUUUCCCGCACAUCUUACUCGUUCAAACUUGUGCAACGGUGGCACGGCUCCUUUAUCAUACCUCGUGUCUCCUUCUUGCAAAGAUCCAUCCAAGAGAGCACUCAUCGAAAGGCUUUUUCCAACGCAUGCAGACGCGCCAUGCGCUUGACAUAUGUGGGAUUGCUUCGCAGGCGGAGGAUAAGGAGGUCACCAAUCUAGCCAUGCACUGUCUUUCUAUCGCAGCGGACAGCUUGAUGGACACCAAGAUCAAACACGAAGCUCUGCAAGUCUUCGACAAAAUCACGCGAAGCACACCAUGGGGCAACGGCAAGUUUCGACAUGCGAUGAACAUCAAGUUAAAAGGCACUAGUAAUCGAUCUGUUAAUUCCUCUUCGUAA